AGCCAGCAGUUUACAUGUACUGGAUGAAUUAAAUAGUUAAAAUGUAAUAUUAAUACCAGGGUAUUGUUACAUAGCUUGACAAUGAAAUAAUAUUUAUAUAAAUUGGCUACGGACAAGACAUAACAACUCGCAUCUGUUACUCUUGAGCGUCUGUAAUUAUGUCACGUGUUGGACAAGAUCCAUGGUAUUCGGCUGAUCAGAUGAACCCAGCAGUCACAUCCCAGCCCCCGGGGACCAUGGGAUUACCGAGUGGCGCCCCUGCCAAUGUUCCUUGGAUGCCAAAGCCUAAUGUGGUCGGAUGCCCCGCCGGACUGGAGUACCUUGCAGACCUGGACAAAAUUUUGGUCCAGAAACAGAUUGACCUAACUGAAUUGUUGACAAUGUACGAUGCAGAAAACCGGUACCGACUAUUCAACCCUGCGGGACAGCAAGUCUAUUUUGCAUCUGAAGAAUCGAACAGUUGUGAGAGGCAGUGUUGCCAUGGGAACCGGUCAUUUACUAUGCACAUAACCGACAACACCGGGAUGGAAGUGAUUCGCCUACAGCGUGAAUUCCAGUGCUGGAAAGCAUCAUGUUGGUGCGCAUGCUCAGACUGUUGUGCGCAUACGCUGUCUAUUGAGGCACCCGUGGGGACAACGGUCGGAUAUGUAAGGCAAAAGUGUUCUGUGUGCCAGCCUAUCUACGCCGUCCAGGACUAUGAUCACAAUGAACUGAUGACCAUCCUGGGACCGUGCUGUGUUACGGGUUGUAGCGACAUUGAGUUUAGGGUAACAUCUGCAACCGAUGAUCAAGACAUUGGAGAGAUAACGAAGAAGGUUUAUCUACCGAUGGUGGACGCUCUUACCAGCGCUGACAAAUUUGGAGUCUCGUUUCCGAGGUCACUUGAUAUUAAACAAAAGGCAACGAUGAUUGGGGCCUGCUUUCUCAUUGACUUCAUGUUCUUUGAACGACCCCAAGUUCGCAGAAGAAGGCGAUAUUAGAUCUAAAACGAGAAAAAAACCCGACUUUUUUCCUUUCUUUCCAAGGUCUUAUGUUUUAUGUAUGAUAUUUAAAGUUGAACUGUUUUUGUUCUUUGUCUGUGAUAUUCUUAUAAAUAUUAUCGUCAGUGUUUAAGCUGCACUCUCACAGAAAUACCAUUUUUACAACGUCUUUCAUUUUUUUGUCUUGGACAGAUCAUUUUUUUAAAUAUUUCUAAACCAAUGAUAAAAGAUUGUUUAUUUCCGUUCGAAAAUUAAUGAUUUAUGGCUUAAACCGUUACUAUGGGUUUUAGAAAAAUGCAUAAAACAGCAAGUUUUGACUUUAAAUAUAAAAAUCGUCGAUCUUAUUCUUUGUCAGCAGUCUAAUAUAACUGGUUUCCAUGGAUUUUCACAAAAAAACGGCUAGUUCCAGGACAAAAAAUAAAAAAAAAGUUGUCAAAACAUUCAAUCUGUGAGAGUGCAGCUUUAAAUUAAGGCUAUCUUGAUUUGUUUAUUUUAAAUAAAUAAAUGUAAACUUUG